GUUUCUGUAGUGUUUACGAUAAGUUAUUUCCAGUAUUAAAAAGUUCUUAUCAAGCAGCAAAGGGAAUUUCAGUGAGUUGUCCUUGGAGCCAUUGAUUGUUCUCAACAGCUGCCACAGGCUCAGGAGCUCCAGUGUUUGUGCUUGCUGCUGGCAGCUUUCAGCACCUUAAACAAGCAGCAUCAGACAAAGCCCCGUGCUCCAAACCUGCCCAGCAUCCCCUGGGCACGGUAACCCACCGGCCCCAGGCACGGGGAGAGCACAGCAAGGGCACUGUAAAACCUGUGAUUCAAUUGCUCAGAAAUGAGUUUGUGAUGUGGAGCUGCAGCCCUGCCGUGUGCUGUGAAGCAUGGGCUCAGGAGCAGGUUGCCUGUCUCACAGCGUUUUCUCCACGCUUGGGGUCUCUGAGGAUGUUGGGAAAUGAACUGGAGUUUGCAGUUCUGGACCAGGGCACAAAGAAAUUCUGUGUCUCUCUUUAUGUUUCUUUGCAGAUGGGUCAUGCCUGGGUGUGUUGGGGGUCUGAGACGGAGUCUCUCAGCGAGUCUGAGAAGAACAGUGACUUCCAGUCUCUUCUCAGCUGGGAUUCAAGCUUGGAUCUAGAAGUGGGGAGCUGGAGGAAUACCAAGGAGACAGCCGUAGGGGAGCUAGAAGAGAGCAGCCAAGAGGAGGACCGCAAACAGGAGUUCAGUGAGUCUCUCUGGGAGGAUGACAGUGAAGACUGCCAAAAGGUGGAGGUGCAGCGUGAACAGGACAGCCUUCUCCAGUUCCUCUCAGAGGUAACCCACUUAAUGGAACCUCUCUGCAUUAGCAGCACAGAUUCAGCACAGAGUCACUGGGACUUUUGUGGCUCUAGGACGCAGGAUGAUGAGGAAUAUGUAAGCUGCCCGGAAAAAAACAUGGGGACAGCAGUCUCAGAAGUGGAAGAAAGUCAGCUGCAGGGCCUGGCAGAAGAAAAUGAGAAAGAGCACUUCCCAGAAAGAGAGGACGAGGCUCAAGAGGCAUCUGGGGAACAAGCUGCAGGCGAGCUGUGUCCGCAAGAGAAGAGCAAUCAGCCCCUGCAUCAAGAUGAUAGAGAGAGCACUUCUGCAGCCUCCCCCCUGGGGUCCACAACUCCUGCCUCCACACAGCUGGUGCAGCUGAGCUGGGAUAACCCCCUGCAACGUUUGCUCUUCAAGAGGACUCUUCUGUCCAUCUGGAAGAUGAUAGCCAGUCACAGAUACAGUGGCCCGUUCCUGAAGGCAGUGUCAGACAAACAAGCCCCUGGCUACAAGGAUGUGGUGAAGAGACCCAUGGAUUUAACCAGCAUAAAGAGAAACUUGUCGAAGGGCCACAUUCAAACCAGUGCCCAGUUCCAGCGUGACCUCAUGCUCAUGUUCCAGAACGCAGUGAUGUACAACAGCGUGACCCACCACGUACACCGCAUGGCUGUGGAAAUGCAGCAAGAGGUCUUGGAGCAGCUGCAAAUGCUGGGUGAAGCCCUCCUGUGCUCUGGGGACAGGCUGGGCUGGGGGAGAAGGUAACAAACCACGUCUGAGGCCUGUUUCUUUCGGAGCAGCGUUGUCUCCCUAGCUCUGUCCCUGGCUGAGAUCGGCUGGUGGCAGAGCAGCCUUUGGCAGACCUAGUUACCCCUUUGUGGUGCUUGACAGGUUGAUGGGAUAAAGAACAAAGCAGUUGCUAGGAGGUGAGCUGGAAGAGAAACCUUCGUCCUUGGUGGGAAAAGCAGCACAUCCCUGCAAUGAGUAAAAAGGGGGAAAAUAAUCUUCAUUAUCAGCUGAGGUGAAUCUGGGCCCACCCCUAUCAAAAUGUCUCACUGAUACAACUUUGGUGCUGCAGAAGAGCUCUGCUAUUUAGGUGCCUUCACUGUAUGUUUACAGCACUGCUGUGUUCAGGUUCGGGUGUAGAUUUAGCGUUGAACAUUCCUGUUCUGCCUCAACUGGGGGAGGACUGGUCACAGACCUGUGACAUCCCUGCCCUUCAUCAUCCCAGCGUCUG